UGCUAUGUUUGCCCUUGGGAUUCAUUGCGGCAAUGGUUUAUGACGUUUGGGAGGACUUCUUUGGUGACAACGAAGCAAAACUUCGUGGCUGUUUGAUUCAAAAGUUUUACCAGUCAAGCAAAACGCUGUCAUUGAUUGGGAAGAGAAACUUCUGUAGUUCCCAGGGCGUGCUUUUUGUAGAUUUACACUAGGGUAGACAGAAUUGAAAGCGAUGGAGGGUCGAGACGCGCAUUUACCAGCCCAUGAUGAGCCGUGCUCCAGGUGGGCGUACAUGCCCCAGGAGUUGCUAGCGCAGAUCUUCUCCCAUCUCGAGGUGGACUGUAUUGGCCAGGCGGCGCAGGUUUGCCGCGUCUGGGCCUCGGCAGCGCUGGACACCUUCCUCUGGAAACACAAGUUCAUCCAGGACUUUGAUCUGGAUCCAUCCACCUGCCACCUGCCCAAGGCGACGAAAUCCAGUGGCCAGCCAUCGUGGCGCGGUGAAUACCGCCGGAUCGUGGAGACGACGCCGUGCUACAUGACAGACGAGCUGACCGACCACGGCCACCAAGUACUGCACGUGUCGUUCUCACACAACGGCCAGUACUUCGCCACCUGCUCCAAGGACGGUUACGUGCUGCUCUGGGACUCGGGCCACCCGGUGCGGAUCCGCCACUACCGGGACAUGCGCGUCUUCUCCUGGAAGUACACCCAGUUUUCAGAGUUCAACGCCACCGACACGCUACUGCUGGUGUCGGGCGUGCACUUCGGCCAGCACAGUGUGACCGGCGAGAUCGCCGUCUUCACUGUUGAUGGUUUCAAGCGGCUGGACGGGUUCCGGAUUCGGACGCGGCUGGAGCCGGGCCCGUCGCUGCGCGAGCGUGUGGAGCUGCGCCGGCGCGCCGAGCAGCUGCACCAGGAGUUGCUGGCCGCCGGGCAGCCGCUGCCUGACCAGCCCGACUGGAACGACUGGGAGGCCGUCAAGCACCAGUUCGACACGGUGGACCAUGUGAUCGAUCUACACGGCCACAUCAUCGGCAUGUGCCUCAGCCCCAACCAGAGGUACCUGUACGUCAACACCAGGCCGUGGCCGGACAACUACGUGAUCGAGAACCCGCUGCACCCGCCGCCCAUCGCCCGCGAGAUCGACAUGCAUGUUAUCGACGUGGCCACCAAGAAGCGAAUCGGUAAGACCUACCGAGCGCACAAAGCCUACACAUGCAAUGAGGGCUGCUUCUUCCUCUUUGUCGACGUCGCAAAGCAAUUCGUGGCGAGCGGGGCCGAAGAUAAGCGCGCCUACCUCUGGGACCGGCACCACACGGCCUGCCUCAGCAAGUACCCGCACGACGACGUGGUGAACGCUGUGGCGUUCAGUCCGGCUGACCCCGGCGUUCUGGUCACCGUCUCCGACGACUGUACCGUCAAGGUGUGGCGGUCUCGGCUCAACUGCCAGAGGCUAGGCAUCGACACCGCCGAGCUGCCGCGCUGUGAGCGCCACCGGCGGCGGCGGCGCGGCCGCUCCUGCGGCGGCUGCGCGCAGGAGCGGGCUCGAGUUGAGCCCGUGGACGGCAUACGGCUUAUGGACGACACAGCAGAUGCAGAAGUUCGUCACAGCACCACGGGCGUGUCCCAGCACGUCAUGGAUCUCAUCAGCCAGCCGCGCUCAGUCCGCUGUUAA